AUGUGGAACGUGGACCACUUGAAGCCUAUUCUCGACAACAUUGCCACGCACUGCCAUCAAAUUCACACCCUAUGCCUGGUUAUCUUGUCCCAGGAUCAAGGCGACCAGAUAAAUAACGGUCCAGCGCUGUCUUGGGUCGACGCCUUCUACAGGACCAUGUCGUUGCGUAAAAUGAGAGUGGACCUGCCCAGAAGGGCUUAUUUCAAGUCAAGAGGAUGUCGCGUGACCUGGGGCAGAGAUCUAUACCAUCCACGCGAAGCGCCGAUCAAGGAUGCAGCGUACCACAGAAUGAAAUGGAGGUGCUUAGAUAGCGAAGAGCCUUGGGAGCAGUACAGGUCGGUCGAGCGUUACCCAUACCCACCGCUGAAGCUGCCGGUACCUGAAGAUGAGGAUGGGAGCGUGGAGAGCGCGGGAUACUGGCUUGCCAUGGGCGACGAGGGACCGAUGUGGCAACCUUUAUGCAAAUAUCCCCGCUUUAUCACUCUUCCCUCCCACUCCAACACGCACGUGCGAGACUACAGCGAACCACAACAGAGUGCGACACACCAAAUGAUCCGACCCUAA